GCAGUUUAAUUGACCAUAUACUGUUGAUGUGUUGUGUUGGCAGGCUGCGAACGUAAUCCCUGAGCCUGGAGAACCAGGGAAGCCAGGAGAGAAAGGAGAAAAGGGAGAACAAGGAAAUCCAGGAGAGAUGGGCCAAAGAGGCGUACCUGGUGAACAAGGUUUCCAAGGGCCAGUAGGAGCACCUGGCCCAAAGGGAGAUGCGGGACCCACAGGGGAGACUGGUCGUGUAGGAGACCCUGGUCAACCUGGUCCAGCAGGACCUCAGGGGCUUCGUGGACCACCAGGAAAUGCGGGCAUUCCAGGCAUAAUCGGACCUCCUGGUCCAGCAGGACAAAGAGGAGAUAAGGGUGAACCAGGUAAACCAGGACAAUCUGGCCCCCAAGGUCCACCUGGAGAGCCUGGUUUGAUUGGACCUCCUGGACCGCCUGGGAAGGGCAGAGAUGGCCAAAACGGAGAGCCAGGACCACCAGGGAUUCAAGGAAUACCCGGAACAAAGGGCUCACCAGGGCCACGUGGACAGCCAGGGUUACCCGGGGACAGGGGCCCCCAAGGGGAGGGAAAAGAGGGACCUCCAGGGCCUCCAGGAAAAAAUGGGGAGCCAGGACCUGCGGGACUGAGAGGUCUUCCGGGGGUUGCAGGUCCCCAAGGCCCAGCAGGCCACAACGGUUUACCAGGAAGGCCAGGAGAAAAAGGAUCACAAGGAGAGCCUGGAAAAGCAGCAGACCUUUCUGACCUGAACCUGAAGGAUAUUUGCUCAGACUGCCCUGCAGGUCCUCCUGGACCACCUGGACUGCCAGGACUCCCUGGAGAUAAAGGACACCAAGGACCUGCUGGGAAAAAUGGCCAAGACGGAUAUCCAGGACCGCCUGGACCAUCCGGACCUCAAGGGCCUCCUGGAGCUGAUGGAACAAAGGGUGUAAAAGGGGAUCAAGGACCUCCUGGAGGUCCUGGAGAUAAAGGAGACAAGGGCCACCCUGGACCCCCUGGUCAUCCGGGUCCUGCAGGAUUAAUGGGUUCUCCUGGUAACGAUGGGCAACCCGGCCAGGUUGGCCCCCCAGGACCCCCUGGAGAAAAGGGCAAAGAGGGUCUCAAAGGAAUCCAAGGACCACCGGGUCUUCCUGGCAUGAUAGGUCUAACUGGAAAAACAGGAAAAGAUGGCAGACCAGGUGAACCAGGAGAACCUGGGAAGCAAGGUGAACCUGGACCUCCAGGAAACCCAGGACUCCGGGGACUCCCUGGCUUCAAGGGCCACAGAGGAGAGCCAGGACUUCCAGGGUCAAAGGGAGAGGAUGGGAAGCCUGGGUCAGCAGGACGUGACGGCAAACCUGGAAAGGAGGGUCCCAAAGGACCUCCUGGCCCAGAAGGACUUCUAGGACCAAGAGGGGAGCCGGGCAAGCCAGGAGAUCCAGGACCAUCUGGAAAAUCUGGACUUCCUGGAACACCAGGCCUUAGAGGAGACAAAGGAGAACCAGGAAACCCUGGAAUACCAGGCUUCAGUGGGCCCAAGGGACCUGCGGGUCCACCUGGUCCAACGGGCCCUGAAGGGAAACAGGGAAUACCCGGUCGAGUUGGAGAUCGUGGCCUAAGAGGAGAUAAGGGAGACCCGGGCACAAAGGGAGAAAAAGGACAGAGUGGAGAUCCUGGCAUGCCUGGAAAUCCUGGUCCCCCAGGCAGAAAGGGUCAUACAGGGAUGAUGGGUAUGUCGGGACCACCAGGUGAAAUCGGAGCCCCAGGGCCUCAGGGACCUUCAGGAAAUCCUGGGCUCCCAGGACCCAGGGGGGAGUCAGUGUCACUGGAGCAGAUGAGAAGGCUUGUCCAGGAGGAGCUGGCCAAGCAAUUAGAUGCCAAAAUAGCUUACCUCAUGGCUCAGAUCCAGCCUGCCCAUGUAAAGAGUACAGCGGGUCGUCCUGGACCACCAGGCCCUCCAGGUAAAGAAGGCAGCCCCGGGCGACAAGGCCCACCCGGAGAACCGGGUAUGCCUGGACAAAAUGGAGGCGAAGGCCCGAGGGGACCCAUGGGCCCUAAGGGUGAUAAAGGAGCAAGGGGAGAGAAAGGAGAACCUGGUGUCGGUGAGAGAGGAGAGCAGGGACCAGUUGGUCCAAUGGGUCCAGCUGGUAUGCCCGGAUAUGGCAAAGACGGAAGCCCGGGACAGGUUGGAGCCCAGGGAGAGCCAGGAAACCCCGGGCCGCAUGGUCAACCUGGACCUCCAGGUCCUCCUGGGCAGUGCGACCCCAGCCAAUGUGCUUACUAUGCCAGUCUGGCUCAAAGACCCCACACUAAAAACAUAAAGGGGUAAUAGGAAACAGGAGACUCACAGAGCUGGAAGUUUGGCUGUAUUUAUGAACUUUGUUGAGUCAUAUGAAAUCAAGAACAUUUUUUUUUCUUUUAAAUCAACCUUGCUACAGGGGUUCUGACGCAACAGGUGCUGCCGGUCAGGUUUUUCAUUUACUGCUAUCAAGCUUGGGUUUGGGUUGUCAUAGGGGACGGAGCAACGUGGAGCACUUCCGAUCAGGGGCAUAGAGGGCAGCUAAAGUUGUUUUUUUACUUGCAUACUGUCUGUAACAAAUAUAGGAUCAUAAAUGUAAUGUUUCCGCUUAUUUCAAGGUUUAUCUUCCUGCUUCCCUUCAGUUAUCCAUCACAUCCCACACUACACCACGUCACUCACCGUUUGCUAAAUAAAUCUCUUGCCAUGGGUCUUCCACCCAUCAGAUGGUGGUUACUCAGACAUGGAUGUUCUUUCUUUUUCUGUCGCUGAGGGUGGAAGCAGACAUUUGAAGCAAACAACAGAAGCUAUUGCGUGUGGGAGGAGGUUCCAAACAGCUUCUUAUCUCCAUGCCAGAGUUUUUCAGUCACCUCGUUGCAUAUAGUCUAAAAAAAAAAAACUCCCAAGCAGCCGUUUUGCACAGCCUUUACAAGAAAAAAAACGUUCAAAAGACAAAAACAGACGCAGGAAGGAAAUGUUUUGUUUAUUUUUGCUUAUAAUGUCCCCAAAGUAUCCGUUGACCUGUAUUGAAAGAAAAUUUAUGGAGGGGCUUUCUUAAAAAAAAAAAAAUAAUAAUUGACUUGCUUUACUGUCUUUGUCUUUACUGUAUUGCUUGCCGUCUAUGUGUUUGGUGAAACGUAAUGGUUGUUUAAGCUUGUUGCUUUGGUAAUUAAAAAUGGCGGACCUCCAUCUCUUUUUAAA